AUGAUACACUGUCGAAGUGCUGUCGAUUGUUCAACCUUAACGGAAUGCGCAGAUAUAUUACGUUCGGAUCUCGGUCGUGGUUUGUCGACAGCGGAGGCAAUCAGACGACAAAAAUAUAGCGGUUUCAACGAGUUCGAAAUCGCUGAGCACGAUUCAUUAUGGAAAAAAUAUUUGGACCAGUUCAAAAACCCUUUGAUUCUUCUUCUGUUAGCCAGUGCUGCUAUAUCAGUGUUAAUGAAACAAGUGGAUGACGCGAUUAGCAUAACUGUGGCGAUUGUUAUUGUAGUUACGGUUGGAUUUGUGCAAGAAUAUCGAUCUGAAAAAACACUCGAACAAUUAAAUAAACUUGUACCACCAUCUUGUCAUGCAGUACGUGAUGGCAGAGAAGUGCAGUUUCUUGCUCGUGAAUUGGUUCCUGGUGAUAUCGUAUUAUUGAAUGUUGGUGAUCGCGUACCCGCUGAUCUCCGUUUAACUGAAGCGGUUGACAUACAGGUGGAUGAAUCUUCGUUUACUGGUGAAAUGGAACCGAAGCAUAAGCAUGUGAAUUCACUGAAUGGGUCGAUUAAUAUGGAUGGUGUGGAUAACGCUGUUUAUAUGGGUACGCUCGUUCGGAGUGGUCAUGCGAAGGGUAUCGUUAUCGGCACUGGCGCAAAUACACGUUUCGGUGAGGUUUUCAAAAUGAUGCAAGCUGAAGAGUCACCGAAGACACCCCUCCAGAACAGUAUGGAUCACUUGGGAACGCAACUUUCAUUUUAUUCGUUUGCUGUCAUAGCAAUAAUAUUUCUAAUUGGAUUAAUUCAGGGACGUGAUAUUUUGGAUAUGUUCACCAUUGGUGUGAGUUUGGCAGUUGCUGCAAUUCCAGAAGGACUACCGAUAGUUGUAGCCGUAACGUUAGCGAUCGGAGUAAUUCGGAUGGCCUCUCGACGUGCCGUCGUGAAGAAAUUACCGGCCGUUGAAACAUUGGGCUGUGUGACGGUGAUUUGUUCAGAUAAGACGGGUACUUUAACGAAAAAUGAAAUGACCGCCGUUAGUGUUGUUGCUGCUGAUGGGACUGCAGCCGAUGUUUGUGGCAUUGGCUAUUCAUUGGAAGGCGGCUUAUGUAGUGUCGGUGGUGAACGUGUCUUUGGCAAUUCGCAUCCAUCGAUCAGUCGUGUUAUUGAAAUAGGAUGUGUUUGUAAUAAUUCCACAUUAACGGAUGGUAUUUUAAUUGGACAACCCACUGAAGGGGCACUUCUUAUACUUGCGAUGAAGACUCAGCUUGAUUAUAAACGAGAUGUUUACAAAAGACUUAAAGAGAUUCCUUUCACAUCUGAAUCAAAAUGGAUGGGCGUCUAUUGUGAAACGUCCAAUAAUAAUGGUAAUUCAGAACAAUAUUUUGUGAAAGGUGCAUUUGAUCGAGUAUUAGAGAUGUGUGUUAGUUAUCUUCAUGGUGGUUAUCUUCCACAACCUAUUGAUAACGCCGCUCGUGAACACUUCAUUGAAACUAGCCGACAGCUUGGAAAUUGUGGUCUCAGAGUAAUUGCGUUAGCGAUUGGCCAUACAGAUCGGGAUUUGAGUUUUGCUGGUAUGAUCGGUAUCGUUGAUCCACCAAGACCUGGUGUUGCCGAGAGUAUUGAAGUUGUACAAUCAGCUGGUGUUAGUGUUAAAAUGGUGACUGGUGAUUCACUUGAAACCGCGUGCAGUAUUGGUCAGUCAAGUCGUUUGCAACUGUAUCACGAUGGAGGUAAUUGCUUGUCUGGCUCACAAAUGGAUCAGAUGAAUGAUGUCGAUCUAGAAAAGGUUAUUAAAGAGGUGUCAAUCUUCUAUCGUUCAUCACCAAAGCAUAAACUUCGCAUUGUGAAAGCAUUGCAAAAUUUAGGUGAAGUGGUCGCGAUGACAGGUGAUGGUGUUAACGAUGCAGUUGCGUUGAAGAAAGCCGAUAUCGGUAUUGCGAUGGGCAGGAGUGGCACUGAUGUGUGCAAGGAAGCAGCCGAUAUGAUUCUUAUCGAUGACGAUUUCUUCACAAUUCGAUCGGCUAUUGAAGAAGGCAAAGGAAUAUAUCACAAUAUCACGAAUUUUGUACGGUUCCAACUAAGCACAAGUGUGGCUGCACUCUCUUUAAUAGCACUUUCUACAAUGUUUCAUUUCGAGAAUCCACUUAAUGCAAUGCAAAUAUUGUGGAUCAAUAUAAUCAUGGAUGGACCACCGGCACAAAGUUUAGGUGUUGAGCCGGUUGAUAAGGAUAUAAUUCGACAACCUCCCCGCAAUGUCCGACAGCCUAUGAUGACGCGAGCACUUAUAAUGAAUAUUCUCAUCUCAGCAUCAAUUAUUAUAAUGGGUACAUUAUCAGUCUUCUACAAAGAGAUGUCGGCUGAUAAUCAAAUUACACCAAGAGACACGACAAUGACUUUUACGUGUUUCGUAUUUUUCGAUAUGUGGAACGCACUUGCAUGCAGAUCAAGUCGUAAACUCAUUUGGGAGAUUGGAUUAUUCAGGUGGAAUCGAAUGUUUUGUUUGGCUGUAUCCGGUUCGUUGCUUUGUCAACUCGCUGUCAUCUAUUUGGCUCCUCUACAACGAAUCUUCCAAACUGAAGCACUUAGUUUAUUUGAUUUGUUAUUCUUAUGUGUUUUAACGUCAUCCGUAUUUAUUGUUGCUGAAUCAAGAAAGUAUUUUGAAAUACGAUCAAGGAAGUCAUCCGCUUAUUCGAGAUUUGGUGUUGGAGAUGGCCUGUGA